GCCUUGAUGGAAGCGCUUUUCCAAUUGCUUCAGGCUGAUCAUUUAGAGUAAACAGGGAAGCAUAGGACUUGUCAAAAAAGCAUGUUAGGGCAACAACUUGGCUCCUGAGGAACAGGCACAAAGUCUGAUUAUAAAUGUGUGUGUGUGUGGGGGGGGGGGGUUGCGUCUCUUGUUUUUAGGUUGGACUUUUAAAGUGGAAGCUGCCUUUAAUGUGCUGGUUUGUAGAACAGGAAAUCUGAUUUUCAGUGUGAUAACACAUUCUUUGACAUUAACCAGUACAGUGGAUUUUUAAUGACACUUUGAUCUUCAAAGUUCUUCACCAACACGGUGGAUUAAUUAUUCAUUUUUUAGUUAUGUUUUAAAAAGACAGUCUUCAAAGCCAUCAUCCUUUCUCCUUGGAAAUGGGGCUCUCCCCCUUCACCCUCAAGGGUGAAAAUAAAUUGCAUCUCUCUCUUUUUUUUAAACAAAAAGAAUACAAUAGAAAUAUACUCUUUACACUAUGGAGAGAUGAUGUCCUUAUAUCCUGGGUGGGAUUAGAAGAGGUCUGGAAGCAGUGUUUAAGCUGUGUUUACAGUAAGCACUGAGAAAUAACUUUGGCUAAAAGUGUUUGUUACUGCUCAGCCUUUUGAUGUGCUCUUAAAAAGUAGCACAAAUACAUCACUGCCCAGUCUUCAACAUAAUAAUAUGCAGACCCUUAUAUUUGUUGCUAAAGUGUAUUUCUUUUCUGUUCCCUUCAAAAAAUGUCUACUUGGGUUUUUAAAAGGUUUAGUUUUGGAGAAGAAAACCCUCAAACUUUCCCCGAGGUCCUCCCUGACUUGACACAUUUUUUAACCACAAGGGAGCAGUCUUCCCUUUGAUGAGGUCUUCUCUCCAACUCUCCAGAAAUGAAAGAGCAAGUGUAAGUUUGCAAACAGUCUAAAAGCUCCUUCCAUUAGCCCUGGACGCCGGAAACCACAAAGGGCAGUCAAGUUUUGAUUUUCAAGGAGAAAGCCUCUGGUAAACUUUCGCUCAGCCUCCAGUAGAUCUGUUGGUUCCUGGGAGGAGCUCUUCUGAAACCUUGAAGAUUUCUGUGCUCAUGAAGACCCAGAGCGGUGGAUUACAGUAAUUGUAAAGCUUUUGGUGGCUUUGGAAGAUUACCCAGUGUUUGGUGUGCAUUCUCAUUUCCAGGCCACGGGACCGAGGAGAGGAACUCCUUUUGUUAUCUUUUUAAAUAAGAAGAUCAGAAGGGAAGAGAGGGUUUGAAGUGUGGAUUAGGGGGGUCCUAAAUCUUUGCCUAUCACCUCCGCCUGAAUCAUUAUAAAAAGAUCGAGGGGUGCAAUGAACUUAGGGAAUCCUGCAACGUUUUCUUAAAACUUGUUCUGAAACCUAGCUUCCGGACCCAGAAACUUCUCCAAAAGCUGACCAGCAGUGUCAGGCAGUCUGAAUGGACCAGGAUCUCCGCUUUGAAGAUUUUCAGUCUCAUCUGCUGGGAGAUUCAUCUCUGGGGUAAUUGGUUUUCUCUUUGGCGAAUGAUGGAGAAACGUCCACAGGCCGGACUGCUGACCCUGCCGUAUCACCUGCGCCGGGUGCCCCUGGGCGUGCCGAGGUCCCUGCCCCGCCUCCCCCUGCGGGACUCCUUCAGAGUCUCCGAGAGUCUGGACCCCGCGUGCUGGGAGCCGGCGCUCGGCGGCGGCGGCGCCCCGAAGCGGCCCUACCUGCCCCUCCGGCUGGACGGCGCCUUCGAGCCCGCCUUUCUCCGCAAGCGCAACGAGCGCGAGCGGCAGCGAGUGCGCUGCGUGAACGAGGGGUACGCGCGCCUCCGAGACCACCUGCCCCGCGAGCUGGCGCACAAGCGCCUCAGCAAAGUGGAGACUCUCCGCGCCGCCAUCGGCUACAUCAAGCAGCUCCAGGAGGUGCUGGAGCGCCACGCGCGGGGACAGGAGGGUGCGGCCGGUGCCGGCUCCUCGCGCAGGGCCGAAUGCAACAGCGACGGCGAGUCCAAGGCCUCAUCGGCUCCUUCGCCCAGCAGCGAGCCCGAGGACGGGGCCAGCUAG